CCAAACCCAGCCCAGCUAUCCCCAUUGCGUUCCUAGUCGCGGGCACUUGGCGUCGUCCGCCCACUCAGCUCAGCUCCACACGCCCCGCGACGAUGGCGACCAUGACCACGCAGCUCCGGUCCGCGCUCCUCUCGGCCGCCGCCUCCUCCUCCUCCUCCCCGCGCCGCGGCGGCCGGCGCGCGCCCUCCUCCGUCCGCUGCGACGCCUCCCCGCCCGCGGCGUCCGCGUCGGCCUCGCUCGACCCCGACUUCGACAAGAAGGCCUUCCGCCACAACCUCACCCGCAGCGACAACUACAACCGCAAGGGAUUCGGCCACAAGAAGGAGACCCUGGAGCUCAUGAGCCAGGAGUACACCAGCGAUGUGAUCAAGACGCUCAAGGAGAACGGGAACGAGUACACCUGGGGCCCCGUGACGGUGAAGCUGGCCGAGGCCUACGGCUUCUGCUGGGGCGUCGAGCGCGCCGUGCAGAUCGCAUACGAGGCGCGCAAGCAGUUCCCCGAGGAGCGCAUCUGGAUCACAAACGAGAUCAUCCACAACCCCACCGUCAACAAGAGAUUGGAGGACAUGGGCGUCAAAGAUAUUCCUGUUAACGCUGGCAUUAAGGACUUUGAUGUUAUUGAACAAGGUGAUGUUGUCGUCUUGCCUGCCUUUGGAGCUGCUGUGGACGAGAUGUACACACUGAACGAGAAGAAUGUGCAGAUCGUUGAUACAACAUGCCCUUGGGUUUCAAAGGUGUGGAACAUGGUUGAAAAGCAUAAGAAGGGCGACUAUACCUCUAUUAUUCAUGGAAAAUAUUCCCAUGAAGAGACUGUUGCCACUGCUUCUUUUGCAGGGAAGUAUGUCAUCGUGAAGAAUAUGGGCGAGGCAAUGUACGUAUGUGAUUAUAUACUUGGUGGUCAACUUGAUGGAUCUAGCUCAACAAGAGAGGAGUUUCUUGAGAAAUUCAAGAACGCUAUUUCUCCAGAAUUCGAUCCUGAUCUUGACUUGGAAAAAGUUGGUAUUGCAAAUCAAACAACAAUGCUUAAAGGAGAAACUGAAGAAAUUGGAAAACUUGUUGAGAAGACUAUGUUGCGUAAGUUCGGAGUUGAGAAUGCCAAUGACCACUUCGUUGCUUUCAACACCAUUUGUGAUGCCACACAGGAAAGACAAGAUGCAAUGUAUCAACUGGUGAAGGACAAAGUUGAUCUAAUUCUAGUUGUUGGGGGAUGGAACUCCAGUAACACCUCUCAUUUGCAAGAGAUUGGGGAGCUCAGUGGAAUCCCAUCCUACUGGAUUGACAGUGAAGUAAGGAUUGGACCAGGAAACAGGAUCAGCUACAAGCUAAACCAUGGUGAGCUUAUCGAGGCAGAGAACUGGCUACCACAAGGGCCUAUCACAAUUGGAGUUACUUCUGGUGCAUCAACUCCGGACAAGGUUGUUGAGGAUGCGCUACACAGGGUAUUUGAGAUCAAGCGCCAAGAACUUUUGCAGGUUGCAUAAAUUUUCAGCAAAAUUGGUCAGGGGAUAAUAGAUUAUGGCCCAGCAAAGGUUGGUGGAACCAUCGCACAUCCUAUUCUUGUACAGUAGCGAAGAAUGUAAUGAUAUAGGCACAUACUGUCGGGAGCAUAUCUGUGCUGGGUUACAUGUAUGUUGUGAUCACCUGUACCACAAACAGUUGUAUACUUGUAUCAGCUGUUAUAACUCUUCGCCCCGCAAAAAAGGCUUUUAUAGGCUGCGUAGAUAUCACCAUGGCAGUUAGUUUGUUGCUGGAUAGAGUUGAAAUGCAGGAUUCCUGCAUAUAAAGUGCAAUAAAUGCAGUGUUUGUGUA